UACGAGAUGUGGAUGAAGUGCGAGCGGGUCUGCUGGAGCGGCUUGCACAAUUCUUGCGUGGCUUGAGCAGAGGAGACCAGCGUCGCUCAUCCCUUUGUUGGCGGACUUCCUCUGCAUGGAUAACAAUCGGAACUGGCGCUUUCGAUCCACUCUAGCAAGGCAGUUGAAGGAGAUAGCUGCUCUGUACUGCCCAUUGGAUAUUCAUCAGUACCUAGUCCCCAUUGUGAACGAACUGCUGGCGGACAAAGUGGCUGAAGUGCGCCUCACGAGUAUUGAUGCUGUGACCAUAUUCUUGCACAGAUUGGAGCCCCACCAUCUCAUGUGCAAGCAGCUCUUACAAGAGAUGUGCACCAAUACAUGACCGGAAGUGGGCUCAG